AUGGAAGAGACGGCACCCUCGAGCGAGACCGCGAGGGCGGUGGCAGUGGUCACGCCGCUCCCCCGGCAGGAGAUGCUCGUCCUGUCGUGCAUCCUGCUCUCCGAGGCCAUGGGCAUCACCAUGCUGUUCCCCUUUCUGGCGAGGAUGGUUAUGUCGUUUGGCGUGGCCGAGUCGGAUGCGCAGGUUGCCUUUUACGCAGGCGUCAUUGCUGCUUCUUUCAACUUUUCCCAGUUCAUCUCAGCCUUCUUCUGGGGUAGGGCCUCGGACGCCCGUGGACGCAGAGCCGUCAUCCUCUUCGGCCUUGCCGGCAACGUGAUCACCGUCAUCCUCUUUGGCCUCUCGCGAUCGUUCUGGUGGGCGGUUGCUGCGCGCGUUCUCUCCGGUCUCUCGAAUGGCAACGUUGGUGUUGCCAAGUCGUAUCUGGCCGAGAUCUCCGAUGAGACAAACGCGCCCAAGGCCUACGCCCGCAUGGGCCUCGUCUGGGGCAUGGGCAUGGUGCUAGGCCCGGCUGUCGGCGGCUCGCUCGCCAACAUUGACCGCACCUUUCCGGCCCUUGCCGGCCGCGGAUCGCCAUUCUCUUACUACCCGUAUCUUCUUCCAUGCCUCGUCGCCGCCCUCGUCAACGUCGUCGGCUUCAUCGUCGGCUACAAGUACCUGCUCUCGCGCGAGGAGCUGGCGGCGCGAACUCGCGCCAACAAGGCCCGCCUUGCCACCCUCUCGCAGCAGGCCGCCGUUGAGGCGAGUUCAGAAAGCGACGAUCCAGUGCUGCUGCAGAUGCUGGCGCCGUCGACGCCGGACUCGGGCAGCUUUUCUGACAACGCGCGCUGCAGCUCAGAUGGCCUUGUGGAGCAGCAGGAGGAGCAUGGAGCACUGACAGAGCUUCACAACGAAGGGCUUCUCGCCGAGCAGAGAACUGCAGCCCUUGUCGACGAGGAGGAUCUCGCUCGCGCGCUCUCGUCGUGGGAGAUGGCACGGACUCUGUUGCGCAACAAGAACCUUAUCCUUACCACGGCUGUGUACUCGCUGCUGGCGUUUUCAACUAUUGUCUUUGACGAGACAUUCUCGGUCUGGGCAGUGUUUGAUCCCAAGUCGGCCAACGGCGCCGGCUUCCGCGCGUCGCAGCUGCAGCUCGCCGCCAUCCUCAUGGUCUCCGGAUGCAUGCUUGUAGCGGUGCAGAGCAAGAUCUUUCCGACCGUAGCGCCGCGAACUGGUGUUCUUGUCAUCAUCCAAGUCUGCCUCUUUGCCUCAGCGCCGCUCAUUUUGGUCUUUCCGGCCAUUGUUCCGCUCCGUGCCUCUGUGCCGUGGCUGUUCUGGACGCUGCUGUUUGCCACAGCGAUUGUGCGUGUAGCGACGAUCUCAUGCGCGUUCACCUCAAUCAUCUCGAUGGUCAACAAUGCCGUGGAGAUGCACGAGCUCGGCGCCGCUAACGGGAUGGCGCAGGCGAGCGCUGCGCUGGCCCGAGCGUUUGGGCCGUUCAUCGGCGGGGCGUUGCUGGCGUGGUCCAUGUCACGCCCGCACCCGUGGCCGGUCAACCACCACUUUGUGUUUGUCGUCGGCGCCACGUGCUCGGUCUUUGCCGGCGUCCUCACGCUCUUUAUUGCACCCCUACUCAGCACGUAG